AUGUCCGAGUUUACAUUGGUGUAUGUUCCUCAGAGAGCAGUAAAAGGACAAGUAUUUGCCGAUUUCCUGGCCGAUCAUCCUGGUAUCACCCUUACGGAGGAAGUAAUUAGUUGCUGCGACAUAGCCAUAUGGGAGAUGUGGUUCGAUGGGUCCAGGACUAGCCAGGGGGCAGGCGCCGGAGUACACAUCGUCUCGCCCCUAGGGGCAUCUUACCGACUAUCGUUCAAACUCCAGUUUGAGUGUACCAACAACCAAGCAGAAUACGAAGCCCUGAUAUUCGGUCUCAAAAUUUUGGCCGAGAUGGGGGCAAAGGCAAUCAACGUUAGAGGCGAUUCUUUGUUGGUCAUCAAACAAGUGAUUGGGGAGUUCAAGUGCGAGUCCGAGCUAUUGGUAAGGUAUUGCAACAAGGCAAAACAUCUGAUCGAAGGCUUUCAAGAUACAAGGCUGGAAUACACCGAGAGGGCGGAUAACGGUAUCGCAAAUGAUCUGGCUCAACACGGCAGUGGGUACAAGAUGAAUAUCCAUUUCGACGCAAUCGAAAGAGAAACGCCGAAUCUCCAUAAUGGGGGCAUCAUCAUCGACGAGAGGAAGUAUUCGGCCUACCAAUUGGAUAUCACCCAAGAUUGGAGGACUGAAAUCCUAAGAUGGUUUGAGGAACCAGACCAGACGAAUAGGAGGUUAAGGACCCUGGCCUUAAACUAUGUUGUCCUAGCAGGCGAGUUAUACAAAAAGGGUUUUGAAGGGCUACUCUUCAGAUGCAUCGGCCCAAAGGAAGCAAUGUUAGCAAUGGCCGAAGUACAUGAAGGGAUAGCGGGCGCUCACCAGGCAGGCCCUAAAAUGAGAUGGCAGAUCCAUAAAUACGGCUUCUAUUGGCCGAAAAUGGAACAAGACUGCAUAAGAUAUGCUAAAGGGUGCGAAGUCUGUCAGAAAUGUGGCCCGAUACAGCACGUCCCGGCCGAGGAACUGCAUUCCAUCAUCAAGCCGUGGACAUUUAGAGGAUGGACGGUCGACCUCAUAGGGAAAAUAUAUCAUGGCUCGUCAGAUGGCCAUACUUUCGUCAUCAUCGCCACUUGCUGUUUCACCAAGUGGGUCGAAGCCAGACCUCUUAAAUCGCCCACGCAAGAGGCUGUCAUCAAGUUUUUUAAAGAGUACAUCGUUCACCGACAUGGCUUACCCGAAUCAAUAACCACUUAUCAAGGGAUGAUGUUCACAGGAGGCGAUAUUGUUUGGUGGGCAUCAUAG